AUUUCUCACUAGAGUCUUUGGACAAUUCAUGAAUUCGCCGUUCCCAAGCCACAGAAGGACGCUACGGCAACUAUGAUCAAGAAGAUUUAAUAAUUUUCAGCGCCAAGACGAAGAGAAUGAAUUCCGAGCUCUUAUACACUAUAUUUUUUCUUGUCGCAUAUUUUUCUCCCGUCGUCGAGGCUGCGUGCACAGCCGAGAUUCUUAUAUCUGUGUUCUCAGUGCUUGCUGGGUUUUUGCUGAUUGCAAUAGUAGCAUUCUCGAUUUGGUUCUGCUGUUGYAGAGAAAAAAAUAAACAAAGACGGCCCCAUUAUGAUGUUGAACUUCAAGAAGAUGGAAAAAACGUCCACGUUGGACCUGACGGGGUKAUUAAAUGCCCUUACUGUGAAAAACACUUUGCCAUAGAAACUGCAGGCAACAAUGGAGUUAACCUAUCUGGACCUGCUUUUGCAGCCGACGGUCGAGAAAUGGCCAUUGACGUGCCAAAUAACAACAAACGGGGAACACCCGAUGGUAGAUGGUCAGCGGAAGGUAGCGUGCAUGGACCUAACGUAAGGCAACCCACAGGUCCUGGGGCGAGUCUCUCUGCUAACGCCAAAAAUUCAAAAGAUGUGCCAUAUAUUGUUGGGCCAACGGUUGACACGACACUUCGUCGCGAUCCUGAUGGCGCGCUGGGACUCGUAAUUGCGCAUGAAAAGAAUUUUCCUUCGCCAGCGAUGUUUGUAAGGGAGGURACCCCAGGAAGUCCCGCGGGAAGAGGGGGUAUCCUCGAAAAAGGUGAUGAGAUUGUCGGCAUCAAUGGACAAGGACUCAAGGGGAUGUCCCACAAAGAUUCAAUGGAACUACUGACAACCCAAGGGGAAGCUCUUAACUUAACAAUCGUCAAAGACUCUUACAAUAAAAAAGCUGACAUGUGCGGAUUCAGCAAUUCUCUAUAUGUACCAAAGGGCAAAAUAUCAGCUGAAGGUCCAAAAGGGAAAAUACCUGGUGGAUCUCUUGAACCAAAGGCUAAAUCUGGCCUUAGCUGCUGCGGUUCUCCCAAAACAAAGGGAGAAUCCGACUAUGGCUACGAGUUAGAAUCGCGUGGAGCUGACAUAGAUGUUUCAGGAAAGCCAAAGUCACAUGUCAUUGACAUGGGAGGGGGCGGUGGUUUUUCCAAUGAAGGCUACGAUGGUCCAGAUGUUAAGAUUCAAAAAGAUAUCGACGUCAGAGCUACAGCACCUGGGGUUAAGAGUCGAGAGUUUGAAAUUCCCAACACAUCAGGAGACGCAUCCAUCCAUGGUCCAAAGGGAUCUUUUGAAGGUCCUAGAAUAUCUGGAAAGCCUUCAUCGCACGUGAUUGACAUGGGUGGCAAUGCAGGAUUUUCAGGCGGAAUUGAGUCACCGGAUGUUUCUGGUCAAAACGUGGACAUUCCAUAUCUAGUUGGUCCUGUCGUUGACACAACUAUCAACAAAGGCGAUAAUGGUGCAUUAGACGUUCAUAUUGCUAAAGAGCCAAUGUUUCCCAGUCCUGCGAUGUUUGUCAGAACUGUCCAUAAUCCCUCAAAGAAGAUCGGAGUAAAGCAAGGGGAUGAAAUAGUUACUAUAAAUGGGAACUCAAUAAAAGGUAGAAGUUUUGAAGAUUCAAUGAACAUGAUUAGAAGAGUACCUGGAAACAAAGUCAACGUGGGUGUGGUCAGAAACUCUCACAGUAUCAAAGCAAAUAUGAAAUAUAAACGCGACGGAGUACGUCCACCAAACCUCAGUGCACCAAAACCAAAAGUAAAAGGAGGAUCUAGCUGUUGCGGUUCGUCAAAAACAAAAGAUGAAAUGGACUAUGCUUAUGGAGUCGACGGACCGGAAGGGCAAGUGUCGGCUGGAGGAAACACAAAUACAAGGGGCCCAAAAACAAAUAUUAAGAAAAAAUCAAAAGUCCAAGGAGGAACUAGCUGUUGCGGUUCGUCAAAAACAAAAGGUGAAAUGGACUAUUCUUAUGGAGCCGACGUACCCGAAGGACAAGUGUCGGUUGGAGGAAACACAAAUAUAAGGGCCCCAAAAGGACAUAUAAAAGAUUCCGAUGCAAAUGUCAGAGGACCUGAAUACUCUGGAUCGAUCGAUGGAAAACCCAAAAAGAAACAGGGAGGUCUAGCAUGUUGUACCUCAUCAAACACCACAGAUGACAAAAACUUUGAUUACAGCGUUCCUUCACUCAGUGGGCCUUCGGUAGGAGGAGAUAUCAGCGAAUCAGAUAUUAACAUUCAAGGCSCAAGCAUCAAAGCACCAGAUGGACGAUUUUCCUCAGGAAUGGAUAACCCAUCAUUUGACACAAAUGUCGAUGGUCCAGAUGUAGAUCUCAGGGCACCAAAAGGUCCACAGGUUGAUAUACCACUCAGGAGCGGAGAUUUUGAUCGUCCAGAAGGACCACGAAUACAAGGGCCUAAUUUAAAGUACAAAAAGCCUGACGUUAGCCUACCUGAUUGGAAACUGAAGAAAAAAGGCAGUGCAGAUUUCGAUGGACCUGACGUGGAUAUAAACGGACCAGACAUUGAAGGCCCUGAUAUUGAUGCCGAUGUGCAAGGUCGUAAUAUCGGUGCAGAUGUUGACAUAGAAUCACCUGGUGGAAAAGUCAAAGGACCUGCUGGAUUCAAAGGACCCAGUUGGAAGUUCAAAAAGCCUGACAUUAACUUACCUGAUUGGAAACUCAAGAAAAAGGCUGGAGCAGAUUUUGAUGGGCCUGACAUCGAUGUAGAGGGACCAAAUGUUGAUGGUCCUGACAUUGAUGCUAAUGUGCAGGGUCCUGAUAUCGAUGGAGAUGUGGACAUAGAAUCCCCUGAUGGAAAAGUCAAAGGACCGGGCUUCAAAGGACCCAGCUGGAAAUUCAAGAAACCUGACAUUAAUUUACCUGAUUGGAAAUGGAAGAAAAAGGGUGAUGCCGAUUUCGAUGGACCUGAUAUCGACGUAGAGGGACCAAACGUUGAUGGCCCUGACAUUGAUGCUAAUGUCCCGAUUUCGAAGGUGACAUUGACGUGAAUGGACCUGAAGGUAAAGUCAAAGGACCUGGCUUCAAAGGACCAAACUGGAAGUUCAAAAAGCCUGACAUUAACUUACCUGAUUGGAAACUCAAGAAAACGGCUGGAGCAGACUUUGAUGGGCCUGAUUUUGAUGGACAUUCUGUUGAUGUAGAUGUAGAUACUCCAGACAUGAGCGUGAAAGGCCCUUACAUUGAUUCAACUGACAUGAGUGGUCCUGAUUUUGAAGGUGAUAUUGAUGUUGAUGGACCUGAAUGGAAAGUAAAGGGAUCUGGCUUCAAAGGUCCAAACUGGAAUUUUAAGAGACCUGACAUAGGUGUACCAAACAUUAAUGGAAACGUGAGUGGGCCUGAUACAAAGAUCAGUGGCAAAGGUGAUAUUAGUGGACCUGAUCUGGACCUUAGUGGUCCAGAUUUGAAUUUAAAAGGAGCCAAAGGAGAUCUGAGUGGACCGAAUUUGGAUCUUCGAGGGCCAGACCUUGACAUCAGUGGUCCUCGUUUGYCUUCAGUGAAGGCUAACGUCGACUUUCCAGAUAAAGAUAUUAAAGGACCGGAGUUCGAGAUCCCAAGGCUACAAGGUGAUAUUAAGGGUCCAGAUGCAGGUCUCGAUGGUCCAAACAUCAAAGGUGAUGCCAAAUCAAAAAGACCAGGAUCUAAAAGUCCGAGUUGGAAAUUCAAAAAGCCUGAUUGGCUUUCAAAGAAGAAGAGCUACGAUCUACCAAAUCUCGACGRAACUGAUUUUGAAGUGGGCUAUAACGGUCCUAACAUAGAAAGCCCAAGUGCCAAAGGACCUGAUUUUGAGGAAACAUCUGUAGAUCUAGAUUUACCAGAUAUAAGAGGUCCCAAUGUAGAGGGCAGCAUCGCGGGAACACCGAACUUAAAAGGAACGUCUUUUGGAGGCGGUCUUCGUGGACCUGACUUAGAUAUUGGUACUCCUGGAUUUAGUACGCCGAAGAGUAAUGUAGAUGUUGAUGUGCCAAAUUUUGAUUCAAGUGGACCAUCUGCUGAAGGUAGUUUCGGCAUUGGUGGAGCAUCAAUUGGUUUACCAGACAUUGGAUUUGGUGGUCCUGAUGGGGAUGCAAUAAUAGAGAUGGAUGCUGGAGAACUUGAAGCUUCUGCGGGUGGCGAUCUUGAUGGUGAUAAAUUAAUGCUUUCUGAGGACGAGGACGGAAACUUGAUAUUCUCUAAACCUAAAGUUUCAUCACCAACAGCUAAGAUUGUCGAUGUGAAAGAAAGGCCAGUGCGCUGGAGCGCUUCCCUUGAAAGAACGGAUGAUCAAGGCACAACACGGAAGAGCUCAUCAUCAAGCAGUUCGUCCUCCUCCGAUGAGAGAACGAAAGAAAACGAAGCUAAGACUCGUACAAAACGAAAGACGAAGAAAUCCUCUUCUUCAUCAAGCUCUGAUAAUGGAAAAAAGGAUCACAAAGGAAAAAAGGAUGACAGCUCUUCUGAAGAUGAAGACAAGUCAAAAGGAUUUUCAUUUGGUAUUAAGGUACCAGGAUGGAAAAAGGACAAGGAUGCUCGAUCCAAGGAUAAAAAGAAAAAGUCUGGAAAGUCAUCAUCUUCAUCUGACAGCGACAGUUCGCAUCAUAAAAAGGAAUUGAAGGUUAAAGCACCAGCUKUGGAAGGUAUAAUAAUUCCAGAAAGAAAGAGAAAAAGCAGCUCAUCCUCUUCUUCGUCUGAUGAACCAAAAUCAUACAAUCUAAACGCCAAGCAAGAAAUUAAAUUAUCACACAAAAGCAGCASUUCUUCUAGUGAGAGUGAAUCAGAACGUAAACCUAAGAUGACCAUUCAAUUACCAAAUAAACCAGAUAUUAGUGCUGAAGUUAGUGAGGAAAUACAAGCAGAAGAGAAACCAACAUUUGAGUCUGAGCCCGACUUCUCGUCCUUCACCGAACCGGACGCCGAAAAUAUAGUAAGCGCUUCACCGGUUGUGGACUUACAAUCUCAACCAGUGUUUACUGAUUCAAUUGCCGGUACUGUAAGCGCUGACAUCUCCCCUCAGAGAAGGGAAUCACCUAAAACAACUUCGCCAAUUAAUCGCGAACCAACUUCACCUCAUUCAGAUUCAAAACUAUGGGAUAUCGUACAAGGAUAUAUCGAUACAGAUACAGUAAUUGGAGAUGAUGGCUCCGUUAAACCAAGAAGGCCAAUGGACAAAGAUGAAAGAUCGAAACGCUCUCGCUCCCUACCGUCAAGACCUCCCACAAAAACAUUCUCUGUYGAGAUUGACGAUAUUAACGACCCUUGGGCUAGACAUUACCUAGGCGAACGAAGAGUUACAGGACCAUCUAGUGUUAGUCGUCCUAAGCCAGUCGAAGCAAAGAAAGAUACAACCUCUGUUAGUCCAUCGAUGGUAUUCGCCAAAAUUCCACACGUCCGAAGUCCUCUAGAUGCAGGUUCAGACGUUUCAGUACGAGGAGGCGGGGCAAGUGUAUCUCCACGAGACAUAAAAGACGCCGAAGAAAAAAGACGGUCGCUAAAAGCGCUGGAGGGUGCUCCAACGAAACGUUUACACGAUGACAUGUUUCGUCUGCAAGAUAAACCAGCUGAGAAGUCAAGGGAUAGCAGAAAGUACUUGUGGGAUAUGGAUUCGUCGCGGACGUCUGCCAGUGCUAAACCUAGAUCGAGGUCAUCUCCACCAACUACGAGCCGAGGUUUAACUCCAGUUAAUGUUUCGAUUUCACUUGAUGGUAAACAAGCCUCGAUUGAAAGAGAAGGUGGCCCGAAAGGAGAAAGAAGUAACCGUGCUCAGCAGGUGUCGAAAGAUCAACGCGAAGCAGAUCGAAAAAGAAGAGAAGAAUUCUUCAAGGGCAACAGAGAGUCACCGGAAAAGUUAUCACUUAGGGAGAGAAGAGCACUGUUUGAAAAAGAUAGCGUAUGAAAGGUGACCCUGCAUAUAUGAAUUCCAUAGUCAAUAACGACAAUAUUCAAAGAUGUACAGACCUACCACGUAAGAACAUUGGCGUGGAAGAGAAGCACAUUUAGCGCUUACAGCAAAUAACAACAAUCAAUGGACUUAAACGCUCUGUUCGUCAACAUGAUAAAGAAUUAUCAUUGUCAAAGAGAAAAGCAUUACCUAAAAAAUCGAACACUUAAUCAAGUAGUAUAAGAAAAUAAUUCCAGUAAUCAAUUUAGAUAUAAUACAUGUAUUAAUAAGUGAAACUUCCAUAGAGAUGGGUGUUUUUUGUUCAAAUUUUGUUUAACCUUGGUCUGCAAUCUUUUCAUUAUGUGGAACUGCUGUUUUUUACGAUGUUUUUUUUUGUCCAUGAAAUUCGACGAAAUAACCAAGGAUGAGAAAACGUUUGUACACCAUUGCAGUGUGAGAAAGAAUGGGGUUAGAGAGUUCCAUUUAUUUUGUAGAAGAUUGUGGAUUUAUCAAUAAUGCUUUUUGGUAAUGCUUUUUUUGCGCGUAAACCCUCCAAACGGAAAAACAGUAUUGUCCAAAAGGUUUAUUAAAUAACAAUGAUUACAUGUAUAUUACAUAUUUUAUCGGCAACCUCCCGAGUUAUUCAUAACAUCAUCCUAAGGAACUAAGAUAGCAUUUAAACUGUAGUCUGUAUACAUAACAAACACUCGUAAAACAGAAAAUUGUUGCUUUCUUUUCAUGGUUAAUUAAUUAGUUGCCUUCUCACCGUUUCUUAAUAUUUACAUUUUCAAAUCAGUUGUUCAGUUUCAAAGGAAAGUUUUUUCUUCUGAAAGCUUUUGUCACUCCUUUAAAAUGCGCAAGCGAAAUGAGGAAAUUGAUGAAACUGCUUAUGUACUUUUAGGUACUUCAGCUCGUGAGCGUAAAAAAAUUAAUUUUGAAACUACUUUUAAAAAAAUGAAUAAAUAAAAAAAAAAAAAAUAAAAAAAAUAAAAAUCAAAGAGCAUGGGCCGAUGUAAGGCAAAUUUAAAAAAUAAAAGAAAACAAUAAUUUAUAGGGUUUUGUAAGAGAUCGCGAGUACUUUAACCUUAUCAUACAUCAUACUGUGACUUGUGUGCAACGGUAUGUAGAAGGAUCACUUUUUAUCACACUUGUGCGCAUUAACUCACUAUUGCUGAUCUACAAAGUGCGUCGAAAAGAGGACAGUUGAAAAUAGCUCUCCCUAUUUAUAUUCAAUUCAGUCUUUACUGCAUAAUCAUAUAAUGUUAUUUUCUAAUUUUAUAGUUUACUUAGAUUUGACAACGGAACUACUGUCGUUGUUGCUUGCAUUUGAGAGAUUGAUCACUAUUCAGAAAAGCUUACUUUCAAAUUAUCCAAAGAGCAUGCAUUUAAUACACGUAUAUGUAACAUCUUUGGAGAAAUGUAUUUUAUUGCACUAAUAGUAAUAAUUUCAUUAUUGUUACGCUACAAAUACAUAUAUAUUAUGUACAAAUAAAGUUUCAGUACAACUUAA